UACUGCUCGUUUGCUCGGGAAGAGGGUCCAUAUCCCCGCUCCAUUCACGGACUAUACCAAGACGACGACGUUGUAUAUGCCCCUAUAAUGCCACUCUUCGCCUACGGGUGCAUGCAGUAGUGCAGACACGACAACAACCACAUUGGCAGGCAUGCGAGCUAAUCAGGAUCUGCUGUCCACCGACUCUGAUUUUACGUAGCUACACGAACUAGGCAUGUAUCUCGACAUCCGCGGACCAUACUCGAGUGUCCAUAUCCGCACGAUGAGCUGGCGAACAUAUAACCACUCUCAGCGAUACGAAGGUAUUUCUCCCUCUGCGCCUUUUACGAGGCCAACAGAACAUCAACCAUGGCAUUGACCGUGUCCCUUGCCAUUACGGCCGGCGUGGCCUACAUCUUCUACCAAAUUUACCUCCUCUACACCGACCCUCUCCAAGACAUCCCGGGUCCGCCUCUGGCUCGCAUCACCUCUUUGCAAACCUUUUACCGCUUCUACAGCAACAACUGGCACGAAGACGUUCGACACCUUCACCAGAGAUACGGCCCCAUUGUGCGGAUCGCCCCUGGACACUAUAGCUUCGCUACGGUGGACGCCAUCAAGCCCAUCCACGGCUGGAAUGGAGGCUUCGACAAGUCAGACUUUUACGAGCCCUGGAGCCCGCCGGGCACGACCAGUCUGUUCAAGGAACGAUCCAACAAGUUUCAUGGAGACUUACGCAAGAGGUUCAGUGCCAUGUACAGCAUGACUUCAGUCUUUGCGUAUGAGUCCGGAGUGGCGGAAUGUGCGAGCCUCCUCAUGCAGAGACUGGAGAAAAGUGCCGGGGAGGUGGUCGAUCUGUCAUGGGAGAUCACCUGUAUGGCAUUCGACUCCAUCGGCGUCGUGACCUAUGGUAAACGCUUCGGCUUCCUCGAUCAUGGCGAAGACGUCGGCAAGCUGUCCCAGUCCGUCUACGCCGCGUUCACCUAUGGAGGACUCAUGGGCUUUUAUCCAUACUUCCACGCGCCCUUCAUUGCCGUGAAACGCUUCAUCGCAAAACAAACCAAAUCCAAAGGAAGCGGCAAAAUGUACCUCGACAACUUCACCUCGGAAACCACCUUCAAACGACGACAAGACCGCGCUUCUUCCGAUUCCGACGACAACAACACUCUAGCCCAACAACCCACAGACCCCAACUCCCCCACCAGCAUCCUCGACAAAUUCCUCGACGUCAACGAACGCAACCCGACCUACUUCACCGACGCCCACAUCACCAUGGGUCUCGGCGCCAACGUCACCGCGGGCUCCGACACAACCAGCACCACUCUCACCUGGGCCUACUACAACCUGACCCGCAACCCAUCCACUCUCGCCCGCCUCCGCGCAGAACUCGCCUCGACAGGCGUCCCCGCUUCCAAACUCUCCUUCCGCACCGCCCAAUCUCUCCCCUAUCUCAACGCCGUCAUCGACGAAACUCUCCGCCUCUUCCCUCAAACCGGCUUCGGUCUCCCUCGCGUCGUACCCCUCGGCGGAGCCACCAUUUGCGGCUAUCAUUUCCCCGCCGGAGCGACCGUCAGUAUGAAUGCAUGGGCGAUGCAUUACGACGCAGCGAAUUUUCCUGACCCGGAGAAAUUUCAACCUGAAAGAUGGUUAUUUAAUGUUAGUGCUGACGAAGACGAAGAACAAGUCAAAACUCGCAAAGAAAGAAUGCAAGCGGCGUAUUUUCCAUUUGGAUUAGGUUCGAGGACGUGUAUUGGGAAGAAUAUUGCUAGUUUGGUGAUUUUGAAGGCGUUGCCGCAGUUGGUGGAGAAAUUCGAUGUGGAGCUUGUGGGGGAGUAUGGGAAGAGUCAUGAUGAUGAUGGGAGGAAGAAAGAUUUGCCGGUGCAGAAUAUCUUUUUGGUGAGGGCGACGGAGUUUCCUGCUGUGGUCAAGGUGAGAGAGGAGGGUGGUGGUGGUGAUGGUGGUGCGGCUUAAGGGAGUGGAGGAGAGACUGUGUGAGUGGGGCGAGAGAGAGAGGUGGAAGAGAGAGAGGAGAAGAGAAGAAUGGAAGAAAAUGUGACAGCGUUCUGCCUUAUCGAGUCCUUUACAUGUUUUCCUCUUUCUUAGUUCUUUCUUAGUUAGCAAUCUGGCUUUAUUAACGACAGUUAUGAUGAAUGAACGAAUGAUUAGC